AUGGGCGCCAAUACGAGAUCCUCAUUUCAGAACGAACGGGUACAGCAAGAUGUGAAUAACGGGGACCUGAGGUCGGCGCAUUUCCAAUCAGCAGGGUCAUCGCAGGAUCAGUCCAUACUUCCUACACAUAACGAGAAGAGUGCUCGCCGCAAUGGAAUAGUUCGAGUUGACUCCGCUGGCGAGAGUGGCCGCAGUGGGUUUCAUCCAGUCCACUUUUUCGCGGUCUGCUUCAAAAGUACAUGUACACUUUCGAUGCUGGUGAACGUCCUUUGGCCUUUUGUCCCGGCCGCUAUUGCCAUACACUUCGCUCGACGGGAUCUUCACGUUUGGAUUUUCGCUUUGAACUAUAUUGCCAUGGUACCUUCAGCAAACUUGCUCGGCUUCGCAGGCGGAGAGUUGGCAAAGAAGCUACCCAAAGUUCUUGGAAUACUGUUUGAAACAACACUGAGUUCGGUCGUCGAGAUCGUUCUCUUCAUGGUUUUGAUUCACAAUGACAAGGGGGGAAACCUGAUCCCGGUCAUCCAGGCCGCUAUCCUGGGCUCGAUUCUUGCGAAUUUGUUGCUUUGCUUGGGGUUGUGCUUCUUCUUUGGAGGUAUUAGACGCCAUGAACAGUCGUUUCAUGAAGCUGUAAGUGAGGUCGGGUCUGGGCUUCUGCUCGUUGCAGGUUUCGGUCUGUUGAUUCCGAGCGCCUUCUACGCGGCCCUAAGCUCGAGUUCAACGAAAGCGAUCAUCACUCAACAAGCUUUGGAUCAUUCCACUUUGGUAAUCAGUCGAUCUACCUCUGUUAUUCUUCUCGUCGCCUUUAUUAUCAUUUUCGAUGAAGUGCUUGAGAAUGACGAGCGCCGCGAUGAGGAUCGAGAGGAAGAACUGCAGCGCACGAAGCUUACUCUGACCGAGUGUCUAGUGGCUAUAGCAUUUUCACUCACGUGCGUAUGCAUGUCGGCAGUCUUCUUGGUCGAAGAAAUCGAGCACAUCGUUGAAAGAGGCGUUUCAGAUAAUUUUAUGGGUCUGAUCUUGGUUCCUCUGGUCGAGAAGGCAGCAGAGCAUCUGACCGCUAUUGACGAAGCCUGGGACAAUCAAAUCAAUUUCGCACUCUUCCACUGUCUCGGCCCUUCAAUUCAGACAGCUUUAUUGAACGCGCCGCUGGCAGUCAUUGUGGGCUGGUGCCUUGACAAAGACAUGGGCCUCAACUUCGAGAUCUUCAUGAUCGUCCUCGUCGUCCUGUCAAUCUUGGUGGUUGGAAAUUUCCUGCGCGAUGGAAAGUCCAACUACCUUGAGGGAGGUCUCUGCGUGCUUGUGUAUGUCAUUAUUGCUGUUACAACUUGGUACUAUCCCAAGGUGGAAGCCGAGUCGGGCCAUCAUGCUGAAUAG